AUGUUAUGUGGUUCCCCUUGGCAUUUGUGCGAUCAUGUUUUCUUUAUCAUCCAUAUGGAGACUGAAUCACAUUGGAUUCUUGGUCGAUUGAAUAUUGAGGAAAGGCGUGUGUACAUGUACAACUCCUUGUCGACUGCUAUGAAAGAUAGUGCUGCUAUCAAAGCUUGUCAGCCAUUUGCGGUGUUGUUGCCCCACGUUUUUGCUUUGUUUGAUGAGUUCAAAAAGGAAAACAAACCGGUUUGUUUAGACCCUUUCGAAGUUGUUAAGGUUGAUGGUUUGCCUCAACAAACCUCGAAUGACUGUGGUUGUUUCGUUGCAUCGUUCGCCGAAUACUUUAUUGAUAUGAAUCCGAUUCCUCCCAUAUUUGAUGUUGAGAAACACCGUGAUAGGCUUGCUGUGUUGUUCUAUAAGUAUGCUCGCAUGAAAGAAGUGGAAUUUAUUGAUAGUGAAGAUGAGGCUCCUCCAAAGGGUCCAAAGAAGAAUUUGUCUUAGUUAUCUAUUGGUUGUUGUUUGAAAUACUACUUUUUUUUAUGUAGCUUUUGUUUUUUCUAUUACCAGAUUAUGUUCAUAAUCAUAGACAAGUUGUUGUUUCUAUCAUGUUUUUUUCUUAAUUGGAAUUGGUUUUUAAUUUGUUCAUA